AUGUUGGAUGAAACAACACUGAGAAUCAUCACGAGAUGGCUUAAUUAUGUUGUCGCUAUACCGUUUAUUACUCUAGGAAUUAUUGGAGCUAUUUUAACUGUUGUCAUCUUUACCAGACAGCCUUUAUUCUGGCGUAAUGCUACUAUAACAUAUCUAUUAGCCGGUGCAACAAUGACAGGAAUUCAUCUCCCAAUGAUUUAUUCCCAAAGCAUUCUCGUUAAUGGAUUUGGUUUACGCUUUUUGGAUACGAAUCUCGUUGCUUGUCGUGAACAUAACUAUUUGUUGUACAUGACAACGGUUACGGCUAUUUCGUUUCCAUGUUGGGCAGCAUUUGAUCAAUAUGUUAACACAUCUCGCAAUGCAAAUUUUCGACACCGUUGGAGUUCCAUUCACUUUGUUCGAUGGGUGAUCGUUGGCACCGUUAUUUUCUGGUCACUUGCUUAUAUACCGAUUAUUUUUGUUAGUGAAAUCAUCGAUGGUGUUUGUGUACUACGGCCAGGAGCAUUUACUCAAUUUAAUACUUACUUUCUAACGCCAUUUGUGUACAGUGUGGGUCCAUUGAUCAUCAUUAUGCUUUUCACAUAUGGUACAGCGAAAAAUCUUCGUUCAUUUCAUGGAGAACGUCAACAAGAUCAUUUGAUGAAACAAGUUCGUCGAAUGCUCAUUCCGCAAUUGAUUGUCUUGGGUAUAUCCGGAGUCCCAUUCGGUUUUCAAGGUAUCUAUCUUGAUUUAACGAGUCGUAUUCCAAAAGAUGGCUUUCGUUUGGCACUGGAAGAUUUUUUUGGUCAAGUGAUUCUCUUGCUAUUUCAUUGCAAUUAUGUGUGUACUUUUUACAUUUAUUUAUGCAUGUCAAGCGAAGUACGACGAGUUUUUAAAAAUCUACUUUUGAAAUGUUUUCGAAAAAACCAUAUCAUGUCACUUCAGACUGCAACUUCAGAACAUCAGCAACAUCCAUCUCAUAUGGAGAUGACUCCUGGUCCGCGCACAAGUUUGCAAUAG